ACAAUAGGCGACUGCUUUCACGGCCAGUGGAAAGUCGGGGUUUCGCGUCAAAACGCGCGUUUUGGUCGUACGUAAUGCUCGCUUAGAACAUGCGCUUUUUUAAAAUCCCUUUGGCUUGCCAUACACCUUUGGCUUGCCAUAGACUCGUGUAACGCGCCGGGAUCGCGCGCGCUGUGAGAAGACUGCAAACCCGUUAAUGCUCACCGCUUCCUCUUCUUCCAUCAUGGCUCCCUCGAUAGAAAGGCAAGGAUACUGGGGGCGGCCAACGUCAACGCUGGACUGGUGUGAGGAAAAUUAUGCCGUCUCGUUUUACGUCGCGGAGUUUUGGAACACUGUCAGCAACCUGAUCAUGAUCCUUCCUCCUAUUUAUGGGGCCUUCCUAACCUAUCGUGACGGCCUUGAGUUUCGAUACAUCUGCUCGUUUCUGGGACUUUUAGCUGUAGGUGUUGGUUCCUGGUGCUUCCACAUGACAUUGUUAUAUGAGAUGCAGUUGCUGGACGAGCUGCCAAUGAUUUACAGUACAUGUGUCUUCGUCUACUGUCUAUAUGAGUGCUUCAAGCAAGAGAACAGCACCAGUGGAUUUUCUAUUGUGUUAUUAUUAUUCUUUAGUGUCUCAGUUACUUUGGUGUACCUGCAGUGGAAGGAGCCAGUGUUUCACCAGGUCAUGUAUGGUGUUCUAGUGGCUUGUUUGGUGGUGCGAUCUAUUUUCAUUGUUACAUGGGUGUACCCAUGGCUCAGGCCACUCUCUUACACCUCCUUAGGCAUCUUCAUGUUGGGGUUCCUGCUGUGGAACAUCGACAACAUCUUCUGUGACUCAUUAAGAGCCAGCAGGAGAAUGCUGCCCCCUGGUGUUGGAGUCCUGACACAGUUACAUGCCUGUUGGCACAUUUUCACGGGUCUUGGAUCCUACCUGCACAUUCUUCUCAGCUUGCAAAUCAGAGCAACCUACCUCAAGUACACACCAAAAGUUAAGUUUCUGUUUGGAGUCUGGCCCACGAUGCACAUCGGACCACAGAAGAAGAAUUGAAAUGAAAGAAUAGGACUAGCUUAAAGAUGGUGACUGCCAGAUUCAGACACUGUUGGCACGGAGACCUGCCGGUGCUGCUCACCAACUGCUGGGGCUGGUCAACACCAGAAAAGCCCUUUAGCAACCACUUUAUUCUGCUGUAGGAAAUCACUACUUCCAGUAUAGGACUUAGUCAAACUAUUUUUUUUUCAUCAAGCAUAGCUUAUUAGACUAGUUUUAUCUAAUUUUAUUAUAACAUAGAUAUUUUAUUAGCUCGGCACGGUGCUACGACCCACUGUCCUGGCAAACAUUGAUGGGUUUAAGGAUACUUAAAAUGUGCAUUUCCUUCAACAUUCUAAGUUUAGUUUGACUAUUUAAUGAAGACAUGAGAAAAAAAUUAAUUAGACCUUUUAAUGUUUAAUAUAUCAUUUUAUAAAAAAGUACCCGCUUCAACAGACAUAUUCAAUUUGAUCUCUUUGUCCAUUUUUGUGUGGGAUCAAAUUCACGAUUACCUUAAAAAAAAUCUGGUUCUGGUUUUUGUUCUACCUGAUUUUGCUUCAGUAAAAUGUUUCUCCCUGACCCAGUAGAGCUCGACAUAUCUGCCCAUGCCGGUGCUGGCAUGUAGACGAAGCCAGUCCAUCGAUGGCUUAUAUCGAGAUGUUUUCUGCCUUAUCUGAAAGUUUAAUGAAAAUCAAACGAAAGUUUUUUUUUACUCAGGCUCAUGUCGAAGACUGUCAUUUAUUAGUCGAACCACUGGUUUUAUAUUACAAGUAAUUUUAACAACAGCGUGAGUUUAAAAACAAACUGAGACCUUUCAUGGACCUCAGUGCUGAGGAGUCACAUUCUUAAGAAGGAUGGGAUCACCAGACAUGCUAACUGGGAUGUUAGUGUCACAACUUUCAACUUAGGAAACUCUAAUCCCAUUUGAUGAAGCUCAUUUUUCCACAUUAUAACAUGUCACAACUGGACAGAUUCAGUUUUAGACUCAUAAUGAUCUUAUUGCCAAAGUUGCACAUAUUUUUAAAGUUAUGUUAUUGUGUGAGAUGUAUCACUAAUUUUAUCUUGAAGAAACAAUGUCAUGAUUUAAUGACAGCUCAUAACAGGAAUUCUAGCUUCUCUAUAAACUGUUUUAUAUUUCUAACAAAUGCAGAAAUAAGGCUAAGUGCACCAGUACUGAUGCAUUUAUUUAAUAUUUAUUAAUUUUAUUAUUAUUGUAACUCAUAAAGAAGGAAUUUCCAGAGGAGUACUUUUGUAAAACUGCUUAAAUCACUAGGGUGCAACAGAUUCCAACUCAUAGUGAAUUUACCCAACAUGCCACAGUGUGUAUUUGCUGUAGACCUCUCAGAAUCUCCAUGUGUAUUUCUUAGUUCUUUAUGGUGAAUGGGAGGUUUUUUUUUCCUGCUGCUGUGAAACUAGAUUUGUGUUAGCAGGAGGCAGGAGCUCCACUGGUUAACUGGAAUAUGCACAACAUUUGGGUGGUUUCAAGAUGAACUUUUAGUCAUUUCCUAAACUGCUGGAUCAUUUCCCGAGGACACAUACCAUUAUUGUUAUACUCAUGAGCAGGGGCGCCGUAAACGGGGGAAAGGUUAGGACGAGUCUAAGGGCCCUAGUCUGCCAGGGGGCCCAAAAAAGUUUCAAACUUAAAUAAAAAAAUAACAUUUUAAAAACCAUAAGUACUUUACUUUGCAGUAUUUUUUCUAAUUUAAGACAUUAAACAAACAAUAUUUUUGUCUCAAUCAAAUGUAAAUGAAUUCAGAGGUCUCUACUUUAUUUUGACAAGUUCAUUUGAACAUUGAAAUAAGCAAGAAUGCUUGUAGACAUGCACAAUUAAGCAAAACUGAAACACUAAUAUAAAGUAUAAAGUAUAAUAUAAAUAUAAAUAUGAUAUAAAUAUAAUUUAUAAUAUAUAAUAUAAAUAUAAAGUAUAAUUAUAUAUAUAUAAUUUUUUAUUUUUUUAUUUUUUUUUUUCAAUUUUUUUCUUCCUUCGCAUCUGGGAAGGCAGAGCCACAGCGCCUCUUAUGGAGGAGCCGCCAGGGGGCCCAACUUGAUAUUUUUUCAUGGGGCCCAACAUAUCUUGCAGCCCCCCUGCUCAUGAGUCUAAACUCUCGGUGUUACAAACAUCCAUAAGCACAUUAUGUGAAAGAAGUAUUAGCACUGUCCACAUGUCUUUGUGAACUUUCCUGUGGUUUACUUUUGAAUCACUGCUCAUCAGGAAUCGAGGUGCCUUACUGUUAUCAUUGAAGUGUGUUCCAAGUUACCUUGAUGUGUGUUAUAUUUUCUCACAUGCUUAUCCCCUGCUAAUGCAUCAGGAGGACAUUGUCAGCUUCUAAGUGUGUGCCUGAUUUUUAUCCUUCCAUUGAUUUCAUGGUUAAAAACUUCCACACUGUUCCCAUGAAAUUAAAGUGUUUGUGUUUAGACCACUAGACCAAUGUCUGCCAACAGUUAUGCUGAAGUGUGAUCAUGCCAGUCAUUUAUCAUGUUGUCCAAUAAAACAAAUGAUCUCAACAUUAAAUUACUCAUUAGUAGUACUCUU